ACUUAACCGGCCCUUUGACACUGCAGAACAUAGAUUUAUGAACCCAACUAUUAUUUGUGUCGUUGUCUCGAGUUGUAUUUCGAAAUGAUUCCAUGUGAAUACAUAUACGUAUGUCGCGUUCAAUGUUCAAAAUUUUUAUAAAAACCAUUUAGUAUAAAUGUCGGUGGAAAGUAGUGCAAAGCAAUUAAUAGAAAUUAGUUUCAUAUGUACAGCUCUCUGUGUAUAAUAGCUAGUCAAUUGAGUUGAUUCAUUAUGUCGUUAAAAUAUUUAAUUAUUUUCGUGCAUCUGCAUUUAGCCGUUAUGCAUGUGUGUGCUGAACAUAAAUCGUAUGCCGGGUAUAAACUGUAUGAGGUCAUUCCGAAAACGAAAACCGAACAAAAUUAUUUACACUCGUUGUCGCAAUCAACCGAGGAGUAUGAUUUUUGGUCAAUGACAAGGAUAAUUGGUGAUUCAUCGAAUGUUUUGGUACCGCCGGACCAUCAAGACAAAUUUGAACGAUCUCUACAAAACAAUAAUAUUACCUAUACGGUUGUGGUGGACAAUGUGGCGACGCUGGUUCAGAAAGAGCGAUUUCUGCAGAGCGUUUCGAGAGCAUUCAGUCGAAGCAUCAAAUUCAAUCAGUACUAUCGAUACGACGAAAUCGUUGAGUAUUUAGACGAUUUGGCUAAAAGUUAUCCCAAAUUGGUGACGGUUGGCACGAUUGGCAAAUCAUUUGAACGCAGAGACAUUAAAUCGAUAACGAUAUCGGAUGGACAACGGUCGAACGGUACGAAGAGCACCAUUUUAGUGGAUGCUGGUAUACAUGCAAGAGAAUGGAUUGCACCGGCCACUGCUCUGUACAUUAUUCACGAAUUGGUAGAGAAUUAUUCGAAAAACCAAAAACUUUUGGAAAAUUUGAAUUGGAUUGUAGUGCCGGUUUUAAAUCCGGAUGGAUACGAAUACACUCACACUCAGGAAAGAUUUUGGCGCAAAACAAGGAAACCAACAGGCGCUUGUACCGGUACCGAUGCUAACAGAAAUUUUGAUUACCAUUGGAGUGAAAUUGGUUCAUCGACAUAUCCAUGCUCCGAUACAUUUCACGGAAAAAAGGCAUUUUCUGAACCAGAAACGAUUGCACUACGAGAUCUAAUGCAUUCCAUUCGAGGUGAAUGUAAAUUUUACUUGACUCUUCAUUCAUACGGACAGUACCUGCUUUACCCAUGGGGAUAUACCGAGUCUCUCCCAGCAACAUGGAAAGACAUUGACGAUGUGGCUAAGGCUGGAGCAAAAGCUAUCCGGAGAGCAACAGGUUCUCGAUAUACAGUUGGCAGUUCAACGAAUGUCCUAUAUGCAGCUGCAGGUGGAAGCGAUGAUUAUGCACUUGGCGUAGCACAUAUACCGAUCUCGAUAACCAUGGAACUACCCAGUGGCGGACGCAUAGGCAUCAACGGCUUUGCUCCUUCACCGAAGCAAAUUGAAGGUAUUGUGAAAGAAAGUUGGAUUGGAAUAAAGGCAAUGGCGUUAGUAGUGGAUCAAAAAUUCUGAAAUUAUGGCCAAUAACCAAUAAAUCAAUUUCAACCCUAACCAAAA